UCGACUGAUGAUGCCUUUAUUCAUCGCACGUAGAGCAUGCGCAAACAUGGCGGCGCCCAGUGGAGAUGUUGAAAUCGCCACUAAAAAGCCGACAGUGAAAGGCCCGAGGAGGGUUGCGAAUCAGAUUCCUGAUGAGAUUCUCAAAGACCCUGAGCUUCAAGAGGCAGUUAGUGUUCUGCCUUCCAACUACAAUUUUGAGAUCCACAAAACAAUAUGGAGAGUGAGGCAGGCGAAAGCUAAAAGAGUGGCUUUGCAGCUUCCGGAGGGGCUACAGAUGUUUGCCUGUGUGAUCGCUGACAUUAUCGAGAGGUUUACAGGAGCAGACACACUGGUUAUGGGUGAUGUGACGUACGGAGCCUGCUGUGUGGACGACUUCACUGCCCGUGCUCUCGGAGCUGACUUCAUGGUGCACUACGGACACAGCUGUCUGAUUCCCAUAGAUGCCACGGCAGGGAUCAAAAUGCUCUAUGUGUUUGUGGACAUCCAGAUGGAUACAGCUCACUUCCUGGACACACUCCGGUUCAAUUUCCCCCCAGGGCACUCCCUCGCUCUCGUCAGCACCAUCCAGUUUGUGGCUGCACUACAGGCGGUCAGUGCAGAGCUGAGGUCGGAUUACGAGGUUCUUGUGCCUCAAUGUCGGCCGCUGUCUCCGGGAGAGAUCCUGGGCUGCACCUCCCCUCGCCUUGAUAAGAACGUCAAUGCCAUCAUAUACCUCGGGGAUGGAAGGUUUCACUUAGAAUCAAUCAUGAUCGCCAAUCCAGAUGUCCCAGCUUACAGAUAUGAUCCCUACAAUAAGGUUUUCUCCCGGGAGUAUUAUGACCACAAGGCCAUGCGUGCCAACAGAAUGCAGGCCAUAGAGACGGCACGCUCUGCUCAGAGGUGGGGUCUGAUUCUGGGCACGCUUGGUCGCCAAGGCAAUCCCAAAAUUUUAGAACAUUUGGAAGUGAAGCUGAAGGCUCUUGGCAGGUCAUUCACCAGGGUGCUCCUUUCAGAGAUCUUCCCGAGCAAGCUGGCGCUGAUGGCAGAUAUUGACACAUGGGUUCAGAUCGCAUGUCCUCGACUGUCAAUCGAUUGGGGCACGGCAUUCUCCAAGCCUCUGCUGUCUCCCUAUGAGGCGGCUGUAGCUCUGCAGCAGGCACGAUGGCAGGAGGUGUAUCCCAUGGACUUCUACUCCAAUCAGAGCCUGGGGCCUUGGACCCCUAAUCACCCAGACAACCAGCCCCAACGGCCCACACGUAAACAGCAGAAGGCAGACUCACACUGUGAGCGCACGGUCCCCUGUGGCUGCCAGCGCGAAUGAACAGCACGCUCACACAGCAGCAGCCAAUCACUGUACAGCCUUUUCGUCUGCAGGAGUCAGCCAAUCACAGGCCUGUGUGUGCCUCUGUUGUCAGAGCAGUGGGGAUAUGGGCACACACAAAGCACUACACCAAAUCCGCCCAUCUCAUAAUAUAGCAGGAGAGUGGCUCUGUGUGCUUGGGUGUGUGUGUGUGGGUGUGUGUGUGGGUGUGUGUGUGUGUGUGUAUGUGUGUGUGUGUGUGAGAAAGAGAGAGAGACCAAGAGAGAGAGAGAUAGCAAUGACCCUCAGAGCACAUUGUUUGUUUCAUAUUGCAGCAUGUGGGUGGCUUGUUAAAUGCAAUCUUCUUGUCUCUGUCCUAGAAAGAUCCUGCCAGACACUUUGCAUUGUUGACCUUCAUGCAUUCGAUUGAAAGCAAAAUUGCAUCGCUCUGAGCAAAACAAUACACUUUUCCCUUUUAGCUCUGUCAUCCAUGCUUCUGUGACACAAAUUGCAGAACAUGUCCAACCAUAUUGCAUUAUGUGAUUUUUACCAAACACAAAAUUUCAUGUCCAAAGCUAAAUUAAAUAUUAUAACUGCCCAGACUGCCCAUGUCUAGACUUUUUCAGGUUCUGAAAUAGCUGACUGUUAAACAUUAAUGGAGGUCCUCCACAUUUGUUCAUUUGUUCAACUUCAGUAACCAGUUUAUCAUGGUCACGGUCACGGCAGAGCUGGACCCUUGCCCAGACACAUUGGAUGGGGCGUCUUUUCAGCUGAGUGCAAAAGUUUGUGUACCCGUUCUUUUUGAAGGAUGAAAUAAAAAAAUUAAAAAAAGACAUUUAUUACAGAUUCAUUCACUAUCACAGAUGCAGAAUUUUAUGAUUGUUUUUAAGGCCAAAAUACCAAAAUGCCAACAAAAUACCACGAUUGCACAGUAAAAGUUUACACAAGACACUUUUGGUAAUUAUUAAGGGCGUUUUUCAAAUUUAAAAUAAACCUUUCUGCUCAUGCAAAUAAUUUGACACAUUAUCAUCGUUCAACUAGCUUUUAAACCUUUUUAUGUUUGUUCUUGGUAGCUUAGUGGUUAAGGCGUUGGACUACUGGUUGUGAGUUUGAGUCCACCAAGCUGCCACUGCUGGGCCCCUGAGCAAGGCCGUUAUCUCUCAAUUUCUCAGUUCUAUAAAAAAAAAGAGAGAGAGACAAAUUGUAAGUCACUCAGGGCAUCUGAUCAGGGCAUCUGCCAAUUGGCGUAAAUGUAAGUCUGUCAUGUUGCAUCCCUGUGUUUAAAAUAAAAAAAUGGGGGAAAAUAGAUUCACCUUAUUCUGUUUUUGUUUGUUUUUUUGCUUAUCAGCAGCUUUUUGCUGGACAAUAAGCAUUAAUAGGACGGCAAUCAAAAAGAUAUUAUAAAUGGUGCCUUUCAUUCCACAUGACUUUCCACAUCUCCUGCUGUUUAGGGUGUUGUUCAUGUCUCUGCCUUUGUUUUUCCACUUAUUUUUAUUCCACUCUUUGGUGGUCUGUUUCCUCAUUUCUACGUGAUUGCUUUCACUGUUGAUAAUGUUAUCCCAAAACACUUUAAUGUUUUUUAUAUAUUUCUAAUAUUGGGUCUUGUGAAAGUUGUGUUUCUGAUCUCUUAAUUCCUUUAAGCUCACAGAGAAACAAUCGAAUAAAGAAAGUGUGUCGAAUUUUUAGCUUGCUAAUAAACUGCAGCUAAUCAAACCUGUGAAAGAAA